AUGGCCCCUUAUGAAAUGCUCUAUGGAAGGAAAUGUAGGACUUCGGUUUGUUGGGGGGAAGUGGGUCAACGCGAACUCGCGCCACAGGAUGUCGUAGCCGAAACAAAUGAGAAGAUUGAUAUGAUUAGAUUAAGACUAAAGGCAGCGCAAGAUAGACAAAAGUCCUAUGAGGAUCUGCGAAGGCGACCAAUCGAGUUCCAAGUGGGAGAUUAUGUCUUACUAAAGGUCUCUCCAUGGAAAGGGAUAAUUUGUUUUCGUAGACGCGGAAAGCUAGGCCCUCGAUACAUUAGACCAUUCAAAAUACUCGCUCGGGUCGGAGCAGUGGCAUACCAGUUAGAAUUACCUUCCACGUUGGAUGGAAUUCAUAACACUUUUCAAGUAUCGCAAUUGCGGAAGUGCCUAGCAGACGAGACGGCAUACGUGCCUAUGGAUGAUAUUGAAGUGGAUGAGAAGUUGAAUUAUGUUGAGAAGCCCGUCGCAAUAAAAGAUUUCAAGGUGAAGCAACUCCGCAACAAAUCCGUUCGACGAGUGUUGGUUCAGUGGCAACACCGGAAGGGAUCGGAUCUCACGUGGGAGGCGGAGGAUGAUAUGCGAAAGCUAUACCCAGAGUUAUUCGGCACGGAGAAGGAAGAAGGUGCAAGUCACUCGAAGGCACAAACAUCUCAAGAUCGCGGUAAAUCACAUGGUUAA